AAACAAUUUCAUGUUUCUCCUAAUAGGCAAAACAACCAUGGAAAUUAUGGAAACUUCGUCCUCAAUUAAUGACACUUACUUUGAUGUAAGCUAUGAUUACAGCUAUUAUUAUGACUAUAUGAAUGGUUUUUGGCCAUGUGAAAAUACUCAGGGCGAAGCAUUUGGGCGGAAUUUUCUAGUCCUUACUGAAAGCAUUAUUUGCUUGCUCAGCAUUAUCGUAAAUGCGCUUUUUAUUUUCUCUUCGGUCAAAUCAAAACUUAUGCAAAAGAUAUUACCUAUGAGCAUUGCCAUCUCCAGUAUUUUGUUUACAAUCACAUUGCCGUUUUAUGCUAUUUAUGCUCACAGUGAAUGGAUGUUUGGCAACAUUGUCUGUAAGACCGUCACAGCUAUUCACACUACUACUAUGUAUAGCAGUAUACUUUUUAGUAUUUGUUUAGGUCUGGAGAUAUAUUUAGGUGUGAAAUGGAACUUGUCAGGGAGGACCUACUCAUCACCAGUAAGACUUCCAAUAGUUUGCUCUGUGAUUUGGAUAUUAUCUUCAUUGGCUGCACUACCAUCUUGGACCUUUGUCGAAGAGGUCAACAGCAAUGGACAGAAACUUUGCACCUACCAUUUUGGAGAAGACCACCACCCAUCUACUUGGAUGAUCUUUAAAAAGUUUCAGCUGAACAUCUUUGGCUUUCUCGUACCCUUUUCAAUCCUUCUGUUCUGCUACUUGCGAGUCUGCUGUGCCAUGACCAAGCUUGCUCCGCGGGGGAAAUCAAGUGCUCACAAACUCCUGGUGGUUGUGGUAGUAUUCUUUGUACUUUGGUUUCCAUACAACUGUGUCUUGUUUCUGUAUUCUGUGCAGAUCUGGCAAGCAUGGAGCUGUACCUCCAACCUUAACCUGGAAUUUGCCAUUCAGAUCACCGAAUGCAUUGCUUUCAGUCAUAGUUUUAUCAACCCUAUUGUGUAUGGAUAUGUUAACAGGAGGGUUUGGAGGUGUUUCGCCAAAAUGUGUGUGGGGAGAUGUAAAACUAGUACUGAGUAUACUCUGGAGGGGACCAACAGUACUGAUUCCUCCUCAGUCCAUGGAGAUGGUGUUGAGCUAAAAGCAGUUCAGUGUCACCACCAAAAUACAGCAAAUACACUUCCUGAGAGACUGUCAUGAAGAAUAUAUGAAUGGCUAUGUUAAGGCUUGCUAAAACACAAUGAAGAAACUAGUGUGAAUGCGUGUAUGGAAUCUUGUUUGCUUAAAAAUUAUACACGUUUAGGCAGUCAGUAAAUGCAAGCAAUUCUCAAUCGAGAUGAAUCCAUUGGUUUGUUUUGUACUUCUGCUGAUCUCUUCAGGAAAUGAGGUUGACAACACACUUCCUAAUUGUUUCAUUAUGUCAGCACAACUUAUUUUUUAUCAGUAUCCUUGAUUUGUUUUCUUGAACAAGAGCCAUACAAGUUCUAUUUCAUUUUAUUAAGUACAGUUUUGUACUAAGAGUACAAAAGAGAGUAAAAAUAUCACUUUUCAGCUUCUGUUUUCCUUACAUUAUAACCAAUGGUGUCAGUAGAAACAAAAGCAGCAUGGUAAUUCUUCCAGCAUUUCCAAAAAUCAAACUUGCGGAUCCAACCCUAUGUCCUUUGCCGUUAUGGGAGUCCAUAAAGGCAACUCUUAGAAGGCCUAGUAUGUAAUCCAGAUCAUUUCAGCAAUUAUAUGAACACAGCAUGAUGCAAUUAGGCAAAAUGGAUGUACUACAAUUUACACAGAAGGGCGCUAUGUUCAUUCAUUAUGUGUCAUAUAUUCUUGUUUGCCAUGUUGGUGCCAUGAAACUGCACUCAUGAGUAGCUGAUGACGCAAAGAUAUGUUCUGUCUGCUGCAUUGUACUAGGCAUGGUACUAUGCACUACUGUAAUGCAGAAGUCAUUGUAAGGCUAGUUGAUGAACUGAGAUGCUAAGACUGCACUGCUGUAUUACUAUUUUAGUUCACCUUAUAUUCAUCAGAUGUGAAGGUUGCUAUACUUUUUGAAUUAUUGUAGGAUUGUAGUACAUUAGCUGAGAUGUUACUUAACGAUGUUGCUAGCAAAUACAGACUUUUCCUUGACACUGACCGAGU